AUGCACGUCGCUCGCUCGGCGUAUCGCCAGCUGCUACGCGUCGGCAAGAAGGUCUCGGACAAGUACGCGGACCCAAAUGACAUGUGCUUUGCUCUCUUUGGCGUUCUGGUGAGCCGGCACGACUUCAUCAACGCCGGCUAUGGCAGCAGCUUCCCCGCUAUUCUGCGCACCUGCUUUCUACGUCCCUCCAUCGCCGGCUACCCGCACGACACGACGAGCGCGCGCACGAGCGCUGCCUUUGAUGCCCUUCGGCGGCUGAACGAGCUGAAGGCGUCUAACGCAGCAUUCCGCAUUCGCGAGCUGCGGCGGAUCAUGUCAGACGCGGCAGACCAGAGUGGCGCUAGCACCGUCGCUGCCGCAUCCGCAUCGACGGAUGUCCCACCCACCCCCUUGCCCUUUUCGACAGCCUCGGGCCAAGCAACGGCGCCGCCCUUGUCAUGUGCGUCGCAGGAGACAGCCCACACCACCGCCGUGACGUACCCGCUCGACGAGGAAGGCGUUCACCUCAUCCGUGGCAGCGUCCUGAUCGAGCGCUCCUCGCGACGCCGCAUUCAAAACUUCACGCGUCACUGCGUCGUGUGUGAGCCAAUCAACAUGACCUUCCCGCCGUACCGCUUCUGUGUCCCGCCGGAGCCGUCCUACUUGCUCGCUGUGCGCAGCGAGUUCGCCCUGUACGCCAUCACCGAUGUGCUCUUGGCGCUCUCGGCGACGAGCAUCUUCAACGCACAUCGGCAUGCCUACAUGUCUCAGCAGCAGCUGCAGCAGCAGUCCUCCGAGGUCGGUCAGUCGUUGACGGACGGUGGCAUUUGUGUUAGCGGUGGCGACGAGGUGGCCGAGGACGCGCCAUCCGAGCAGAGGGACGCGGACAACACCAACAGGAAGGCGAAAGGCGGCGCGGGUGAGGGGCGAAAAGGCGCCGCGGUUGCAGCGGCACCCUUGCUGAAAGCGCGCGGGUUUCCCAUCACGCUUGAGGAGCUGCAGGACCUGGUGCGCCGAAUUCCAACCCGGACAGUGAUCCAGACCGACGUGCUUGAGGUGGAGAUCACGACCGAGUACGUCUGCUCCAACCCGUCGACGGCCACGCCAGCGUCGCCAUCGGCGGCCGAACACUUGGCCAAGCAGAGCAGGGACGGCUCAUUCUCGUCGACGACACCGCUAAAGCACGGAGCGACCGUUGACGGCUGUGGUGGCAGCGCCUCCGCCAGGACCGCGGUGCGGGGCGACGAUGCCAAGGCGCACCUGUUUCUCUACUACGUAUACAUCCGCAACCGCGGUCCGCUGAAGAAUCCCAAGAGGUGGCACGCGCAGGUGCUGUCGCAUCACCUCGUCGUGAUUGACGCGGCACAGGCACAAGUACUGGAGAUGGGCCGACCUGGCGUUGUCGGCAACUUUCCGCUGCUGCAGCCCGGCGCGUCGCACUGUUUCGAAAGCGGGGCAACUCUCUCCGGCCCGGAAGGGCUGCUCCGCGGCUCCAUCCAGGUAAACCUCUUCAACGAUGCGGGUGAAGUGAUGAUGCUAGACGCGGCAAUCGCGCCGACACGGCUGACGGUGGAGGUGACAAGCGCUAUCGGCUUCACCUCUUCCAAGAACGCAAAGGAGGAGCUCGUGCAGCGGAGCCGUGAAUCGUCGGCACAGCCGCCGUCGGGUGCACGCACGCCUGAGGAUGGCGCUAAUCCGGCGGGAGGACACGCACUCUCCGCGGACGGGGCCACUGAGGCGUUGGAAAACGGCCGCGACAGCUCCUCAAAGCCGAAGGGUGGCAAGUAA